AAACCAAAAGGGAGCUGCAUGACUGACUGUUCGAGUGUUUAAUGUAGUCUGCCAUGCCUGUGUUUUACACACCUAUUCCUCAGAAUCUGAGAGUAGGUCUGGCUAAUAUAAGUGGGUCAGUGUUUAUAAAUAACAGGACGAGAGACAGUGGAGACUUCAGGGAUCCUUAUCAGGAUAAUGAAGUGUGCAGUGAGGUCUCGUCUCAUCUCUCACUGCAGAUGUUGCUGUAUUUCAACAUGUUCUUCUUCCCCUUUUGGUGGAUUUCUGAGGUUGUGAUGCUGGAAUUAAAGUUCUCUUUACUGCCAACGUAUUACCAGUGCUUGUUGGUGACAGGAAUGGUGCUGAUCAGCAUAUUUGAAGUGUUGCGAGUGUAUCUGGGUUACAUGGGGAACCUCAAAGAGAAGGUUCCAGAGUUAGCUGGAUUCUGGCUGAUCUCCUUCCUCUUCCAGCUGCCUAUACUCCUCUUCUUCAUCACUGAUCAAGACAUCAUCAUCCUUCCUCUAGAGUGGGCCGUUCACUCUCUCUACCUGGCCUUCCUCCUGGCCGAGGUGCUGGCAUCGUUUCUCGCCCUGCGGGUCAUGACUCGUAAACUUGCUCUGCAGUUUCACAUGAGACAGUUUGGCCCCGUCCAGAGUCUCCAUACAGGAGAAGCUCUGCCUCUGUUUGCACUUCAGUAUGGGGGCAGGAGUGUGUUGCCUGUAAGAGACAUCCAGCCACACUGAGACAUCAUGCUCCUGGUGGUUAAAGAUCUGGAUUGAAAAAUCUAAUGGUUGUAGUUAUAAAUCAUGCAAAGUGUACUCCUCGAAAUGAUCAUCAUUGUGACUUUGAAGAAGAUAUUGGUUCAAGAGACUGCUGCUGUUAUUAGUUUACUGCAAGUCACAGUUUAAUGACAGCUUACUGAUCAACUACUGUUGUGUUAUGUGUAAAAUAUACAACACUUUAAUAAGUAGACAUGUUUUAAAAUCAAUUCAUAUCAUUUUAUUUAUACAUCUUCUAUCCUUAUUCAUUUGAACCCAUUUCUAAAUUAAACUUUUACCAUUUUUUAUUUCCUUAUUGAUUUAUGUUUUUAAAUGAUUUUGAAUUUCCUUUUA